AAGCCUCUCGGCAGCUAAUAAUUUGCCCUUUAAACAUUCCCCUACCCCUUUGCCUAGUUAGGUUUCCAAAGUGUGAUUUUCCGAUCCAGGAGAAGAAUGAUUGCUCGCUAAUCUGCUUUCCAAUAUCCCUCCAUGGCAUUAGCUCGCUUCCUUCACCAAUCUACCCUUCACCGCUGCCAUCUUCGACCGUUUCAGAAACUUCUCUUCGCCGCACAACCCCUCCUAUUUUCUUCAGGAUCGUCAUCUUCAGCUCCGCCCUCCAGGCGAUCACCUCCUCCACCUCCGCACGAGUUCUUGAAGCCAUGCGAAUUUCUGGGUAGCUGGAAGCCGGCGUCCGAUCCGAGGGAGGCGGAGGCGAGGCUUGAUCGCCUCCGCAAGGACUACUCGAAGCAGGUGGCUCAGCUGCGGAAAGAGUACGUACACGAGAUGGAGAUUCUGAGGGCGGAGAAGCAGCGCAAGGACGAGGCGAAGCGCGAGGCCAUUCGCCUAGCCAAUGAACAGCGCAAAGCUGCGAAAUCUGCCGCUGCUGAGACACUUGCCGCCCAGCGAAAAGCUUUCCAGGAGGAGUUCCGCCAAACUCUCUUGAAAGAAAGAGCUGAAAAGCUUGAAAGCUGGCGGAAGAAAGAGCAACUGAGGGAACAGAAGAAGACAGAAAAGAAGGACCUUUUACGCCAGCAAAGUUCAAUGUGGAUUUCUGAAGAAAACCUGGACAAGAGAAUCUUGGAGGCCAUUGUCGAUACAACUCCUCUAUAAUGUUUUUCAGGACAGAGCUGACCCGAGGUCUUGCAUCAAACCCUAGGAGUUGCUUCUAGUUCCAUAUGUUGCUGGCAAAUUAGCUUUAAUAGAUCAUGUAACUUAUUUUUGUCCUCGUCUGAACAGUCACUUCAUUUGAAUGUGAAGCUACUUUUGAUGCACUGUUGAGAUUUGAGUAGUUAUGUGAUUCUUUUUGGUC